AUGAAAGAGCGAUGCACCGUGGUGAAGCUGAAUCUGCAGUUUCACGAGGACUCUGCAAUAUUCUCAGUGGCCGCCGUGGAAAGGGGCGGAAAAACAGUCAUAGCAACCGCGGGGGGCGAUAAGGCGAUUCGGCUCUGGGAGUACGCGUACACGGGGGAGCCCCCCCGGGAGGAGUUUGAGUACAAAACAGCUCUCUCCGAGGGCUGUGCGAUCACGCACAUUUUCACGCUGGCCAAGCACAAGGGAAGCGUAAACAGCGUUGAGUUUAGCAAAGACGGGAAGUAUCUGGUCUCGGGCGGCGACACGGGCACGGUGUUUCUGUGGGAUGUGGAGGAGGUUAUGCAGAGCACUCCGUCCGAGGAGGACCGAAAGUACCAGGGGCAGCCCGUUCUUGUGCGGGAAAGCGACGGCGCAGACAUAUACGAGGUGAAGUGGUUCGCCGGAAAGAUUCUUGUGGGGACGUCUGCGGGCCGAGUCGAGCAGUACGCGCUAAGCACCGUCUUUCCCGGAAAUUCCCAGGGAAAGGAAAAGGCAAAGGGCGGCGGAGUUCUCCCGGAGAGCGCGGCGGCAGAGCAGGGCGGGAAAGAGGCAAAAAAGCCCGGGGUCAAGAUCCGGAUGAUUGAAGAGUUUGCGCCCAGCCUGGCGGCAAAGUGUGUUUCCUCAAAGCAGGUGCACAAGGACACCAUACAGGGGAUAGCGUGCACGGAGGGCAUGUUUGCCACGAUAGGAAACGACCGCGUGGUGAAAGUGUUCUCGCAGGACGGGAAGCUGAUACAAAAGGUCUCAAAAAAGUCUCUGAUAUCAGACAAGCACGCCUUCUUUUUCCGACGGCUUUUCUUCGGCCCGGACGGAAGCCUGUACCUUCCCUCGGCCACACACGAAGGGAAAAACACCGUGAACAUUCUUUCCCCGCCGGAGUACAGGGUGACAAAGGCCAUACAGGGCUUUUCCUCGUCAACAGUGUGCGCCCUCGUUACGCAGCGGUUCCUGGUUGUCUCUGAGGGGCGAAACCUCUAUGUGUUCAGCGAAAAGGAGCACGCGCUGGCGUUCAGAAUCGCAGACUGCGCCUUUUUGCCCAUUACAGAUGUGGUGUGCAUCCAGGACACUCCCGAGAAGGUUUCUCUGCUUGUGUCAUCAAAUGACGGAUUUCUGAGUAAUCUAAUUGUGUAUUCUGCAGAGUAG